AUGAAUUUUACCUCUGUUAGAAAAGCAAGACCAAUUUCAAUAUUUAUUCAUCCUCAAGAAAGUUUAUCAAAAAAUUCAAUAGAAGCAUCGUCACCAUUAAGCGAUCUACACGAAGAUUUAUCCAUGAUCUUGAAUAAUGGAUUUGCUACUACUAUGAGUUCUAGUAAUGCCACAACUGCUAGUACAACAAAUUAUGCUACUGAUACUACAUCUACAGCAAAUACAAUUGCAACUUCAAAUAAUAUAACCUCAACUCCUCAUAUUUUGGAGAACGUAAUAACGCCAGCUUCAGAGAUUGAUGUUGCCUCUUUGAACUCUGUCAAGACUAUCGAAACAAAUCAAACUGGAUCGAAUAACGGAUCAUUUGAGAUGAUCAAAACGCUUUGUGAAUUAGAUGGUGGAUUGGGUGCAGCUUUAGAACGAGUUAAACAAGAUGCGAUAUCAGCAAAAGCAUCCGCCAUCGAAGAAAGUUAUGGACGCGAGCUAAUUAAAUUGGCGAAAAAUACUCAAGAUAAAUAUUUGAGUAAAAGUGAUACAAAGAAAGGUUCAUAUGGUGAUUGUUGGAUUGAUAUGAUGAAAUUGCAUGAAUCAGUUGGAGAAAACAGAAUUAGAUUUGCUGCGACAAUUCAAGAGAUUUCUGAUGAAGCUUUAACAUUAUAUAAAGAUACUGACAAGAGCAGAAAAAAUCUCUAUGAUUCUGGUCAGAAACAUGUAAAAUCAAUCCAAGAAGCGGAACGAUCUUUAGAAAAGGCCAGGGGUAAAUAUGAAUCAAAUAGUGAAGAUUGGGAACGUUUAAUAUUACUGAAAAAUGGCGAUACUCUGCCUCCUAGUAUGAAAUCGAAAACUUUAAAAACUAUAUUUUCAAAACAACCAAAGUCUCCAACACAAUAUUCAAAAAUGGAGGAAGAUGCUAGGAAUAAGGCUGCUGCUGCGAAUAGAUAUUAUAAAUCGCAAUUAUCAGGCGCCAAUUUAAUGCGUAAUGAAUAUUAUAAUAUUCAUCUUCCUAGAAUAAUUACGGAACUAAAGAGCGUUGCUGAUGAAUGCGAUGCUGGACUUCAAUAUCAUCUGGCACGAUAUUCAUAUUUAUAUGAAAGUGCAAUGGUUUCCGAUGCAUCGGCGAUAAGUCCAGUUGAUCUAGAAGAUGGUCCGGCACUUCGUACCAUUGUUGAGCAAAUUAAUAAUGAUUCUGAUUACCUGAAUUAUGUACAAUCAUUUAAAAAAAAAUCCCAAAAAUUAAAAAUAAACGAGAUUCCUUAUAAUCAAUACAAUAUGUCAGAACAAGCAAUUAAUAUUAUAAAUCCUACAAAUCCUAAACCUGUAUUUGGAACUGAUUUAUCAGAAUUAAUGAAAAGAGAUGGUGGAGUUAUACCAAUUAUACUAAGGAAAUGUGUCACGGCUGUUGAAAAAUAUGGCUUAGAAAGUUUAGGUAUUUAUCGAUUGUCAGGAGUUACGUCACAAGUUCAAAGUUUAAAAUCAUUGUUUGACAAAGAUGCCGAGUCGGUCGAUUUGGAUUCCGAGGAGAAUCUUAAAGAUAUAAAUAACGUUUCGAGUCUUUUAAAGCUAUGGUUUCGUGAACUACCCGAUCCUUUAUUUCCAAGAACAAUGUAUCAAGAUUUUAUUAAUGCUGCUAAAAUUAAUGAUGAGAAACAACGUGUUCUCAAGCUUCAUCAAACGAUUAAUAAUUUACCAGAUGCAAAUUAUAUUUCAUUAAAUUACCUGAUGGAACAUUUAGAUAAAUUAGUUGCAAAUCAAGAAUAUAAUAAAAUGUCUGUGAAAAAUUUAGCAAUAGUUUUUGGACCAACUUUAUUUGGAAAUGGUGGUAAUAUUGGAACUAGUAAUAAUGUUGGUAAUAGUGUUGGUGGUGUACAGCAGCAGAAUCCAAUAUCAGAAUCAGUAGUACAAUUCACACCAUCAUCUCAAUCGCUAUUGGGAAUAGCAGCAGCAUCUCAACAACAAAGUCUUAUUGACAUGAUGCUAGAAAGCAAUGAUACAAGCUAUCAAUGUAAAGUUGUAGAGACAAUAUUAAGUAAUUAUAAAGCUAUUUUUGUACAAGAUGAAAGUUAG